AUGGUGGUUUGGAAAAAAAAAGAACACAUAGUCACCCAAGAGCCUCUUAAGGUCAGUACUGCGCCAGUUCUACCUAGCCAAAUUUCGCCCAAAAAGUCCACCAAAAAGACCCGUACCAUCUACACGAGCCACCAGCUGGCAGAAUUGGAGAAGGAGUUUCAGGCCAGCAGGUACUAUACAAACAGACUCAAGAGAAGCCAAAUGGCCGAAGCCCUGAACCUAUCAGAACGCCAGAUCAAAGUAUGGUUUCAGAACAGGCGAAUGAAGUGCAAGAAGGAGCUGAAAGCCAAGAAUAUCUCGCCUUCUUCCACCAAUCCCAAUUCCCCAGAUUCGCCCCAGGGUACUGUCGGCGCCCUUAGGACGAGGUGUAACGAAAGAGUACCUCCUUCUUACUCCGAGUACGUUCCAGUCAAUCAUCAGCAGCUCACGCACCCCUACGGCGCAAGACCGACUCCCUACGAGUCCAGAGGAUACAACAACUUGAAUAGGGAUUGCUAUUCUGAGGCAACUAUGUAUCCCCCAAUGAAUAAUACGUUGAAUCCACCUCAUAACCCUGGUCCUGGAAAAAUAUAUUUGCCCAUUCAUACAGCGAAGGGGAACAUGUCGUUUGGACGGUUGACUUGGGAAGUACCAAAUAUUUCUGCCCCCAACAUGACACUCACAGAACAGGUGAGGAAUUUGGUCAAUGAAAACUGGCUGAAGCACAACACACCCCCAAAUUAA